AUGUACCAUGAAGAAGAUAAGACAGUAGUGCUGUCAUUCAAACUGGAAUUCCCCUGUUCAAACAACACGGCAGAAUAUGAAGCCUAUUUAACUAGGUUGGCCACGGCUCUUGAAAUGGCAGUCAAGCACUUGAAGGUGAUGGGUGAUUCGAACCUGGUAGUCUGCCAGACCAAAGGAAUCUUCUCCCUAAAAGAACCUAGCCUAGCCCUAUACAGAGUAAUGGCCCAGAAGAUGGAGGAGAAGUUUUCAACCUUCAAAAUAGAGCAUGCUCUAAGGAACGAAAACCGCUUCGCAGAUGCGUUAGCCGCACUGGGCUUGCAAAUAAUGUUCGAAGGGGAUAACACUAGGGUAGUGGUUAGCAAGAGGAAAGAAUCCAUUAUUGAAGUAUUAAAGGAAAGAUUCCGAGAGGAACAAUGCGAAGGGGAUUGGUGGAUCCCUAUAAGGGAAACCUUGAUGAAAGAAGAAGAUGCCGCAGAACUAAAAGUGCUGAAAGACUAUGCCCUGGUGAGAGGAGAACUGUUCCGCAGGAUGCCUAAUGGGGUCUUGUCCAGAUGUGUGGGGUAG